AUGACAACCAAAACUGCUCCCAAACAGGGAACCACGCCAAAAGAGCUGAAAGCGAAAAAGGAUUCCAAGAUAAAAGGAACCGCUCCAGAGCCACCAAAGAAUGGUCCACCAAAGACGUCGCCGCCGAACACAAUUGAGAAGAAGGGGAUUUUAAGAAGCCUAUCGUUUCAGUUCUCCAACCUCACCCGCAAGAAGUGCAACGACUAUGACCUAACCCCAGAAGAAGACGGUGCUGGUUACGACGAGAUGGGACCAGUGCUUGGUGUCCAAAACUACGGAAUCCUUCUCAAAAAAUACAAGCGAAAGAAUCGCUCUGCAAAAUGGGCCAAACGGUUCUUCGUGCUCAAAGAGUGCUUUUUGAUCUACUACGCUACGAGCUAUAAGAAAGUUUUCGAGAAGACGAGACGGAUUGAUUUGCAUCCAAAAGGAAUUAUCCCUCUUAUCGGAUGUUCUAUUGUCUCUGGAGGAGAUGUUGAUAAGAAGAAUUGCCUUCUGAUUGCUCAUCCGCAAUUGCCAUCGGCUAUUAUUGUGGCAGCAGCUGAUCAUCAAAUGCAAGAAAAAUGGUUGAAGGCAUUGAGAAGUGCCACUAAGAUCUCCUACAAGAACACAGUUGUCGGAGAAACGAUGAUCCGGGAGUUGGAGAAUCGAGGAGUGCUUCUGAAUGAGGAAAAGAAGAGUUACGAGGAGAGAUUAGAGGCAGAAGCCAGAGCUAGAAAAGAGGAACAUGAUAGAGCGGAUGAGCUCGCAAAGGACAAGGAGGAGCUUGAAGCCGAGCGUGAGAAGCUAAUCAGGACGACUAAGAAGCUGAAGGAUGACUUGCAGAACGUCAAGAAUGAACUCAAAAUGACAAACGAGAUGAAGAAGACGUUGGAGCAGGAGAAAAUGAGUCUCAACUCAAAAACCGAGCACCUCCAAGCCAACAUGGAGUCUUUGAACAUUGAGAAAGAGAAGAUCCAAGAGCAACUAGCAGAGAUUGUUCGGGAAAGAGAGAAGGUUCUGAUUGAUAAUCAAAAUUUGUCAACUGACAAAUGCCAAUUGAAUAAUCGUUUAAUGGAAAUUGAAACUUCACGGAAUUGCAUUAUGACAGAGAAGGAGAAAAUCGAAACGCUCCUUAAAAUGAACGAGCAGAAGACGAUGGAUCUGGAGAAGGAGAGGCAGUACUACACAAUGAAGACCUCUGAACUUAUGGAUCAUUUGAAGGAAGUCAGCGAUCAGAGAGACCUCACCGAGUCAGAGUUGAAAGAACAAAUGAUGGCUCGGAUGGGUGCGGAGAAGCAGUUGCAAGCUGCCGAGAAGGCUUUGGAGCAUCUGGAAAUGGCUUUGAAGAUGACUGGAGCUCAGAUGACAGAGCUGCAAGAGCACAUCAUGCCCGAUGUUCACAAGUUGAGAGAAUUCUUCGAGCAGUGCGCAGAAGAGUCUCGCUUUGAAGCCAAUCGAACUGGAAUCAUGAGAAAUGCAGUGUACGCUAGAAAAUCGAUCCGUCGCUCGAAACGUGGAAUCCGAUCAUCGAUUCGUAAGAAGGAGACCACGACUCAAAUCAAGGAACCUCUCAUGCAACUGUGA